UGAAGUCAUCGUAUAAGUAUUUAUUUUCAUAACAUCUAGAACAUAGUAGAAACUUCAUUGUACUGAAUAAAAAUAGUAUAAAUAACAGGUUCAACUCCCCUUAACUCUGUCAUCUUAUCUUUGGCAUUGUUUUGUCAGUGAGCAAUAGAAAAGAUGUUAUUUGGAUCUAUUAUCUCUCUUCUAGUUCUAGUUUGUGGAAUCAGUUGUAAUGGCGCUGGUCCACCAGGAAGCGCUCCACAUCUACAGCCACAUGGAGGUGCUCCCGGAAGUAUCGGGACCCCUGGAGCUCAACUGAUUUUCCCGCCCAAUCCAGAUUUUGGUCAACUCGUGCAAGUUGAUAACAUAGAAGAGGCAAACUCAAAGCAUAUAUUUUCCGACCCCAGAGGACCCUUGGGUUUAGUCAAUGAGCAUGGAGAGUAUAUUCCCCUUCAGGGAGGAUCAGCUGAAAUAAGAUCGAAGCAAACCCAAUUGCCACGUGAUCGUGAUCACGUAGAAGAAACUGAUUGGCAUAAAGUUGAAGUAGAGACUGGUGAAGAUCAAACUAAAGCCCCAGACAACUCUCAAAACCGAGCUGGCAUUCUAUAUAAUAUGUUUAAGGGGAGACACCAGCCGGGACCAAAUGCGCAUCAUCCACGUCCACAGGGUGAAGAACAUCAAUCUGAACCACAAGGACCACCAAGAGUUUAACAGACCUAUACUAUAUCUUAACUUUAUGGCAAACAGCUUAGUAUUAUGUCCAUUAUAAGCUAUUCCAGAUAUUAAACAAAAGAAACCCUAAUGGUACAUUUCCAUUCUUCAUUUUACAUUGUUUGCCUUGAAAUGAUAUACUAAGUAGUUUGUUUUUGAUAUAUAUUUCUAAUACACCUCAUUCAAUAUAAACUGGUUGAUUUUUAGCUAAUCUAUGCUUAUUUGUUUUUAUAGAAACUUUUUCUUGUUGGUUUUUAAAUUGCAUUUGGUGACAAUUAUACCACAAUGUUUUCUAUAAAUAAUACUUUUUUUAUAUUUCUAUUUUGACUUUAAAAGCGUUAAGAUUUUUUUAAAGUUUAUAUAACGGUUAAAGUAUCCGAAAAAUCUGUAAUACUAAUAUUAACAUGCAUUGUAUAUAUCCCAGUUGUAUUUCGUGGUUGUUGUCGCAUUCAUAUGGACGACCAACAUCACAUUUUUUUUUAUAUUUGAGGCUCAAAUACUAGAAUAUACACAUUUCAUUAAUAAAACAACGUUAUAUUUUACAAUGAGCCAAACCUUCGACAUUUGAGAGCUUAUCUGUUUUACGUUGCAACAAGUAAGAAAGAGCACUUUCGUGCACUCUCAUUUUCAGAUAUGUUUUUUAAACUGUGUCAUAAUCAUUACUAACUUUAAUACUGUUUAAUGUGUCAAAUACAUGCAGGGAAGAAACAGAGUCAUAAUCCAUGAAGUGUUAAUUUGUCUUUUUGACUUUUUUUACAAUAAAGUUGUUAGCCUCAAAAUUG